UGCCCUUGAUACUGAAGUCUCCUCCUCCUCUGCAAGCUGUUUGCUUAAUUCUCGUGGGGGUGAUGCCCCAUUACUAACGCAAUAAAGCUCCUGGAUGCAAUCCACGGCACAAUGCAUGGAUCAUUUUCAUCGGACAGACCCACUACUACUUUCUCCUCCCGUCUCGCACUGUGUCAUUACCAGCCAACUGCUGCCUGUCUGAGCUGCCUGUCGGCGUGUAACCAGCAUCCCAUGAUGGUGGCAUUCAAAGGAAUCUGGACCAAGAACUUCUGGAGGGCUGUCUCAGCUGAGUACCUAGCAACCAUGAUCUUCGUCCUCCUCAGCCUGGGCUCCACCAUCAAUUGGGCGGCCGAGUCAGACAACCCUCCCCCUGCAGACCUGGUCCUCAUCUCAUUUUGCUUCGGGCUGUCCAUUGCCACAAUGGUGCAGUGCUUUGGUCACAUCAGCGGUGGCCACAUCAACCCGGCAGUCACUGCAGCCAUGGUGGUGACCCGGAAGUUGAGCCUGGCCAAGGGUGUGUUCUACCUAGCUGCCCAGUGCCUGGGGGCGAUCACUGGGGCAGGGCUCCUCUACCUGGUGACACCAGUGUCUGUCAGAGGGGGCCUGGGGGUGACUAUGGUGAACCCCAAGCUCAACGUGGGCUGCGGCCUGUUGGUGGAGCUCCUGAUCACCUUCGAGCUGGUCUUCACGGUGUUCGCCACCUGUGACCCCAAACGCUCUGUUAACGGCUCGGCUGGCCUCGCCAUCGGAUUCGCUGUAGCCAUCGGUCAUCUGUUCGCAAUUCCAUACACAGGAGCCAGUAUGAACCCCGCUCGCUCCUUUGGACCUGCAGUCGUCACCAUGAACUUUGAGAACCACUGGGUGUACUGGGUUGGUCCAAUCCUGGGUGGCAUCAUGGCGGCUGCCCUCUAUGAAUAUCUGUUCUGCCCUGACCCUGAGCUGAAGAAGAUGUUCCGCGAAGUCUUCCAGAAGGAUCCAGCUUUGGGGAAGUACAGGGAGGUGGAGGGCAGUAUGUACCAGACGGAACCAGACGACCUGAUCAUCAAGCCAGGCUCCAUCCACCACAUCGACCUGGAGAAGGGGGAGAAGAAGGACCCUUUCCUGGACUCGACGGCCGAGGUGCUGUCCUCUGUAUGACUACCACGGGCACUGGAGAGGGAGACCAACCUAUAGAGCAGGAGGAGAUCCAGAGAGAGACACUUUGAUUCUGGGUCCUCCACCCCUGUACCCAUACCAUAAGCCCGUACCCCCAAACCCCAUAUCCCCAUAACUAAACCCACACAGACUCACUUCUCAGGCAGAAUAGGAUUGGUGCAUUUCCUCUCAAUGCAUGUGUAGUCUUGUACAUGGUGGUGAGCCUUCCUCAACAUUUUUGAAGUAACUGGAUAAUAUACACAACCGUUCAAAAGUUU